GAACUAAUAGAACGCAAUAUGAUGGAAAACAAUACUUUUGAGCAGAUUUUGAACACAAUAUUACUUAAUCAUAUAGAACAAGAUAUCGACAGGUUAGUAAGAGAUCUAAAGGUAACAAUUGGUGCUGAGUUUGACACAGUUUCAGGUUCAGCUGAUAAUCAAACCUUUAGUUCACAAAAUGAAAAUAA